AUGUUAGGUCACCAUGGGCUGGAGACAUAUGUCUCCCCCAGUGAAUCCUGGGAUUUCGGCCAAAUGAAGAAGGGCGAGAUAAUAGAGGCGGGAAAGCUCUCAUGCAGGACGGUGGUGCAGGCAGACAUAGUGUUUCUGGUGGAUGAGUCAUGGAGUGUGGGCCAGACCAGCUUCUCCAGUGUCAAAAACUUUAUCUCGACCAUCGUCUCCUCCUUCAAGGAUAGUGUGGUGGGAACUGAGGGGGUCCGCUUUGGAGUCACUGUCUUUGGGGAUGUCCCGAGGAUGCGGAUUGCUUUGACAGACUACAGCUCACUGGAGGAGGUGCUCAGAGCCAUCAGAGACCUCAUGUAUAAGGGUGGAUCUAGAAGGAUUGGUGAAGCCCUCCAGUUUCUGGUUGACCCUGUGUUCAGCCCUGUUAUCAGUCGAGACUAUGCUCCAAAGAUUGCUGUAAUGAUCACAAACGGACGUUCAGACGACCAGGUCGAUGCCGCAGCCAGAGCUGUGGCUGACAAUGGGAUUUCUCUCUUUGCAGUAGGUGUUAGAGGAGCUGACGUGUCAGAGCUGAGGAGAAUUGUGUCAGAGCCACAUGCGGAGCACCUAUUACUGGACGCUGAGUACUCUCUCCUUGAAACCAUCCUUCCCAAACUGUCCCGCAGAGUGUGCUUCACUGCCUCUGAACCACCACUUCCUGUGAAAACUUCUCCACCUGUUGAAAAACGUGUGGUGGGUCCCAGAGACCUGCAGGUUAGCCAGUUGGCCCACAGUUCCCUCAGACUGACAUGGAGCCAGGCUACAGGUGAUGUCACCGGAUACCGUCUCCUGGUCUACCCUCUCAGAUCCAGUGGACAACUCCCGCUACAACAGAGACAGGUUGACCUGAAGGCAGAUGUGAGCACAGCAGUGGUGACAGAGCUGAGUCCUAAAACAGACUAUUCCCUCACUGUCUACGCCAUCUACCCCAGCCUCAUAGGAGAAUCUGCAACAAUCACUGUCCAGACAACCUCUUUGCCUCAGGUGUCAAACUUCCGUGUUAUUGAGGAGGGCCUGUUCUCUCUGCGCCUGGGCUGGACGCCUCCUCUGGGGAAGCUCAACGGAGUAAAGAUCUUCAUCCCAAGAUCCAACCGACCAGGAUUUACUUACGAGAACCUGCUCCCUGGAGACACAUCUUCUCAUGUGAUUGACAGCCUGGAGGAAGAUAAGAAGUACACUAUCAGUAUUUAUGGUGUUUACCCCGAAGGACAAAGUAAAACAGUUUCUGUAGUGGGCAAAACAUUAAAGUUGGUUCAAGUUCAGAAGUUCCUGGUCCAAAAUGCCACCACAGACACGGUCCAGGCGAGGUGGGCGUCAGUUAAGGGUGCCACGGGAUACCGUCUGACAUGGGAAUGCCCCCCAGACGGCCACAUAGAGAACAUAAACCUUGGGGACAACUUCAACUUCUACAUGAUCCAGGGCCUCCACUCAGGCUCUGAGUACACCAUCACCAUCAACCCCAUCUUUGGAGACAUUGAGGGGCCCAUCAUCGCUACCAAAGCCAAGACAUUGGAAAGCAGCGCGGUUCAAACUUUGAAGGUGUCUGCUGUGAGCACCAGUACUGCUGUCAUCUCAUGGAACAGUGUCCCAGGAGCCACAGGAUACAGACUGGCCUGGGGACCCACACCAGAGUUUGUUGGUCGGGACCGCCCCAGGCAGUUGGCCCUGAACGGCAGCACCACAGAGCACCAGAUGAGGAAUGUAGCCCAUGAUACCGAGUACGUGUUGUCUCUCUAUGUGCUGUUUGGAUCUGUGGUGGGGCCUGGUAUCAGUGCUACCUUCAGAACUUCUCCGUUGGGCUAUGUUUCCAACUUCAAGGUGUCGGCCUACAGCAGUACCUCCAUAGAUGUGGAGUGGAGUCCCAUUGUUGGAGCUACUGAAUACAAACUCUCAUGGAACACAGGUGAUAGCAGCCCUCUGUCCCAUUACCUGGAGCGCAGUGUGCUCUUCUAUCGUAUAGAAGACCUGAACCCACAGUCCACCUACAUUAUCACCAUCUGUGCAGUGUACGGCAACUCAGAGGGACCAGAAAUCUCCUUACCUCAGCUCACAGCUGCUGUCUCAGACUCACAGCCAAUCCAGGCAGUGAGGGAGGUGAAGGUUGUUGAUAUUGGAGUCAACUCCUUCACCCUGUCCUGGAGGAAAGCGGCAGGAGCAUCUGGGUACAAAAUCUCCUGGAUCCCCUUCCUGGGGGGUGAUGAGAAGUCCCACCUGGUAUCUGCUGCUUCCACCACUUUCAACAUCCAACAUCUGCGGGAGAGCUCAGCUUAUAAGAUCCAGGUGUCCUCCAUGGUGGGCAACAGGGAGGGAAGUCCAGUCCUGCUCACUGCACGCACCUUGGAUCUUCCAAAAGUGAAUGCCUUCGUUGCUGUGAACACUACAGACAGCAGCACUGUUCUGAACUGGACGCGUGUGGCUGGUGUCUCUGGAUACCUUCUCUCCUGGAGGCACAUCUCAGUGUUGGAGACUAAAACAGAGACCCUGGGCUCUGGUUUCAAUACCUAUAAGAUCAGUGAUUUGCUGUAUGGAAGAACCUAUAUUUUUACCAUCAGACCUUUGUACGGAGAAGUGGAGGGCCCUAUAAGCACUGUGUAUCAGAGAAUAUUGGGACCGGAUCGUCCUGCGGUAACAGCCCAGUCUGUUCCAGCCACAGUCACCCCUCAUAUCACGGCUGCCUCCAUCACCGACACUACUGUUGCUCAGACAGCCACCAGGACCACCCGGCACCCCAUUGCUGUACCACCGACUAAACUCAUAACCCUCAAGAAACCUGCAAGUGUUACUGAAGCCAAAGCAGAAGUCACCUCCCUUCGGUUAACCACACUCCGUGCAGAGACAACAUCUCCACCAAGACCACCGUGUGGUAAGACCAAAGCAGACAUAGUAUUCUUAGUGGAUGAGUCCUCCAGCAUCGGCGCUAACAACUUUAUCAAGAUGAAAGACUUCAUAUUCCGGGUGGCUACUUACUUCCCUGUCAUUGGCCCUCAGGGCACACAGAUAGCCGUGGUUCAUUACAGUGAUGAGCCUCGAAUUGAAUUCCACCUAAGUGACUUCAAAGACAGAAACUCUGUGCUCAAGGCGCUCAGAGCACUACGUUAUGGAGGGGGCAACACUAAAACAGGGAAAGGCAUCAGUUACGUUCUGCAGGAACUGUUCCAGGAGUCUCUGGGGAUGAGGCAGGAUGUCGCCCAUGUUCUGGUUCUGAUUACGGACGGCCGGGCCCAGGAUAAUGUGGUGCCACCUUCCAGAAUUGCACGAGCUCUCGGUGUCAACGUCCUCGCUGUUGGAGUUUCUAACGCAGACCUGGAGGAGUUGAAUAAGAUAGCAGCGCCCACCAGCUACAAAAACAUCUUCUACUCCCCAACCUUUGACGACUUCCCCUCCAUAGAGAGAGAAUUCAUCAAUACCAUCUGUAGUGAGGAACUUCUCUCUGAGUUCAAACUAAAUGAUGAGUCUGCUCAGUUGGACACCCCGACUGAAGACCCAGAGGAGCUGCUUAAGCCUCAGGGUCCCUGCUCCUCCCAGUGUGUGAAGGGCCAGAAAGGGGAAAGGGGAGAUGGUUCUGGUGUCGGAGGUCUGAAAUUUAGGCAAAGCCCUGGACAGUAUGAUCCUUUCACUUCUUCCAAAGGAGAGAGGGGAGAAAGGGGGCCUUCUGCAACUGAUGGUGUACCUGGGUUGCCAGGACGACCAGGAAGAACUGGACCUCCAGGUUCUGCCGGCCAACGGGGAUCUCAAGGCAUAUCAGGUGAUAUGGGUCUUCCUGGACUCACUGGUACAAAGGGACAGAGAGGAGAGAGAGGAGAGCCCGGAUAUGUUAUAGCUGGCACAGACUCAAAUUUCGUUCCUGGACGGAAAGGAGAGCCAGGAUCUUCAGGUCCCCAGGGGUCUCCUGGUGUACCAGGGGUCAACGGAGCUCCAGGCCUACCUGGCCACGCAGGACCUUCAGGGUCAGCAGGAAUAUCUGUCAAGGGAGAUCCUGGGGAGCUGGGAGAAAAAGGUUUACGUGGGAAGCAGGGUGUGAAAGGAGACAAAGGAGAGUCGGGAAAAGAUGGAAAGAAGGGAUUCAAAGGGGAGCAAGGGGACAAGGGGCUGACAGGGCCAUUGGGGUUAAAAGGAGAUGAAGGUCCAACAGGAGCCCCUGGAGAUCCUGCCAAGGGUGUAAUUGGCCCAACUGGAAGAAAGGGGGCCAGGGGAGACAUUGGUCCAGUCGGCCCCACAGGCCCCCAGGGAAUAAAGGGUGACCAAGGACACAAAGGAGAUAAGGGCAGUCCUGGUUUUGGGAUUCCAGGACAGCGGGGACCGAAAGGAGAAAAUGGCGAGAGGGGGCGCGAUAGCUCUAAAGGUGACAAAGGGACUGUUGGGUUAUCAGGCAAUCCUGGAGAACCAGGAUUAAGAGGUAAAGAUGGUGCUACUGGAACUAAAGGAGACCAAGGGACUAAGGGUGAACUAGGACUACCUGGAGAGCCUGGUGACAGAGGAAUUAGGGGUCCACUGGGGUUACCAGGUCGACCAGGGGACCCGGCCGAAAAAGGAGAGACUGGGACGCCAGGCCUGCUUAUUGUUGCAGACAACAACGUCCUGACCAGAGUGAUUAAGGGAGAACUAGGAGACCAUGGUCAGCCUGGUCUGAGAGGUGAAACAGGUCUGCCUGGACCCAGAGGUCCGGAGGGGAAACCUGGAUUACCAGGACCAUCUCUGGGUGACCAGGGACCAAAAGGAGAGUCUGGUCUGAGGGGAGAUAAAGGAGAUUAUGGACGGGUUGGGAUUGCUGGAAUACCUGGUUUACCUGGAACUCCAGGGAGACCCGGCAUCGACGGAAAAAGAGGCCUGUCAGGAAAAGAUGGAGAAAAAGCACCCAAAGGAGAUGACGGCAAAAAGGGGGACAAGGGAGACGUGGGGGCAAAUGGUAAAGAUGGUAGCAGUGGGGAACCAGGACCUCCAGGUUUGCCUGGUAGGCAGGUGCUUGUCACAUCAGAGGGUGCCACCAUUGACGAAAUCCGAGAAGCAUUUCCGAUCCCAAUGGGUCCUCCAGGGGCUACUGUGAGUUAGAUGUCUACACUGAACACAUUUUUGGA